UUUCUGCUAUUUUCCCUGACUAGCAGUGGGAGCUGAGAAACGGGCUUAGGCUGUUCUGUCCGCUGCUUGGGAAAACAGUCUUCCUCCAGCCCUGCUUAUCACUGGGCAGGUUCUGACCGCCUGCUAAGUCCUAGCCUGAGCAUUCCUCGAAACCCGGCUCGCCGUCUCGACUUGGACAUGGAAUUAUACGCCUGAGAGCUGCUGGACGUUGCUGGUUGUUUUACAAGACUCAGCUGUGAAAGAAAGGUAACAAUGAAGCCACCCAUUCUUUUGGUUCUUGUGGUCGGUUCUGUAGUCAACACAAACUUGAAGAUGGUGUCAAAGAGAAAUUCUGUGGAUGGCUGUAUUGACUGGUCAGUGGAUCUCAAAACAUACAUGGCCUUGGCAGGUGAACCAGUCAGAGUGAAAUGUGCUCUUUUCUAUAGUUAUAUUCGGACCAACUAUAGCAUGGCCCAGAGCACUGGGCUCAGGCUUAUGUGGUACAAAAACAAAGGUGACUUGGAAGAGCCCAUCAUCUUUUCAGAGGUCAGGAUGAGCAAAGAAGAAGAUUCAAUAUGGUUUCACUCAGCAGAAGCACAAGACAGUGGAUUCUACACUUGUGUUUUAAGAAACUCCACAUAUUGCAUGAAGGUGUCAAUGUCCUUGACUGUUGCAGAGAAUGAAUCAGGCCUGUGCUACAACAGCAGAAUUCGCUACUUAGAAAAGUCUGAAGUCACUAAAAGAAAAGAGAUUUCCUGCCCAGACAUGGAUGAUUUUAAAAAGUCUGAUCAGGAGCCACAUGUGGUGUGGUACAAGGAAUGCAAGCCAAAAAUGUGGAGAAGCAUAAUAAUACAGAAGGGAAAUGCUCUUCUGAUCCAGGAAGUUCAAGAAGAAGAUGGAGGAAAUUACACCUGUGAACUUAAGUAUGAAGGGAAGAUUGUAAGACGAACAACUGAACUGAAAGUUACAGCAUUACUCACAGACAAGCCUCCCAAACCACUGUUCCCCGUGGAGAAUCAGCCAAGUGUUAUAGAUGUCCAGCUGGGAAAGCCUCUGAACAUUCCUUGCAAAGCAUUUUUUGGAUUCAGUGGGGAGUCUGGGCCAAUGAUCUACUGGAUGAAAGGGGAAAAGUUCAUUGAAGAACUGGCAGGUCAUAUUAGAGAAGGUGAAAUAAGGCUUCUCAAAGAGCAUCUUGGAGAAAAAGAAGUUGAACUGACGCUCAUCUUUGAUUCAGUGGUGGAGGCUGACCUGGCUAAUUAUACCUGUCAUGUAGAAAACCGAAAUGGACGGAAACAUGCCAGUGUUCUACUUCGUAAAAAGGACUUAAUCUACAAAAUUGAGCUUGCUGGAGGCCUAGGGGCAAUCUUCCUCCUCCUUAUACUGCUGGUGAUCAUCUAUAAGUGUUACAACAUUGAACUGAUGCUCUUCUAUCGGCAGCACUUUGGAAAUGAUGAAACUGUGGAUGACAACAAGGAAUAUGAUGCGUAUCUGUCUUACACCAAAGUGGAUCAGGAUACUUCAGACUGUGACAAUCCUGAAGAAGAGCAGUUUGCACUUCAAGUACUUCCAGAUGUCCUGGAGAAACACUAUGGAUAUAAACUGUUUAUCCCAGAAAGGGAUCUGAUCCCAAGUGGAACAUACAUUGAAGAUCUCACAAGAUGUGUUGAGCAAAGCAGAAGACUUAUUAUCCUGCUAACUCCAGACUAUAUUCUCAGACGAGGAUGGAGUAUAUUUGAGCUGGAAAGCAAACUUCAUAACAUGCUAGUCAGUGGAGAAAUCAAAGUAAUUUUGAUUGAGUGUACAGAAUUGAAAGGAAAGCUGAAUUGCCAGGAAGUAGAAUCACUAAAGCGUAGCAUCAAACUUCUGUCUUGGAUCAAGUGGAAAGGACCCAAAAGCAGCAAAUUAAAUUCUAAAUUUUGGAAGCAUUUAGUAUAUGAAAUGCCCAUCAAGAAAAAAGAAAUGCUAUCUCGGUGUCAUGUUCUGGACUCUGCAGAACAAGGACUUUUUGGAGAACUCCAGCCUGUACCCUCAAUUGCCAUGACCAGUGCCUCUGCCACUCUGGUGCCCUCUCAAGCUGAUCUCCCAGAUUUCCACCAUUCAGAUUCAAUUCAAAUGAGGCAUUGUUGCCGAGGUUAUAAACAUGAAAUGCCAACAAGUAUAUUGCCACUGUCUUCCUUAGGUAACCACCACACUUACUGUAACUUGCCUCUGACACUACUCAAUGGACAACAACCCCUUAUUAAUGCUAUGAAAGAUAAUCAGGAAUUUCCCCGGAAUAGUUCCCUGCUACCUUUGUCAUCCAAAGAGCUUAGCUUUACCAGUGACAUUUGGUAGUAAAAAAAUUGAACACCUUUGAACAGUUAUGUGAGCAUAGAGAAUUUCUGCUAAAUCAAGCGAAAAGUAUACUUAAUAACACUGAAGUACUGAGAACGUUUUAAAAGUCACAGGAAUUGCUUUUGUACUUAAAUGUUUUUGUUUAUAUUUCCAAAAUAAUGAGUAGGGUCAGAAGGACAUGCUUUUGUAAUGUGGCACCUUUUACCAAUGUAAAGUUUUAAUUUCUUCCUGCAGAGGAAAAAUUUGAAAUUGUGUUGUUUUAGCAAAAGUUUUAUGAUACUACAUGGAUUUC